CAUAAUAAUUGCUCAAUGCCUGAUGAGCAUAUUCAUUCGAGCGUUUAGAUAGACACACACAAUAAACUUGCUCAUGGUAUUUCAUAGAAUUUGUUAGAUCACAACUGUAUUUUGUGCGUUAGAUCAUGUUGAUGUGUGGGGUGUCGUUAUUUUAAUGAAUAAUUUUAUAAUUCAUCAGUUGAUCGAAAUUAUCAGUUAUUUUGUGUCCUCAUGACUUAUUGGUUGCAUUGUCUUCUGUUAUCCGUAUUUUCACAAGAGGCAAUAUUAUUAUACUAUCCAAGUAACCAUUGAACGAACGGAUCAUAAAUUUAGAGUUCAAUCUCCAAUCAUUUUAUCAGUAUAUACAGCCUAGAUAUUACAAGAUGUGCUUUGUGUAUACUUCGGUGGUUAACUAAAUUCAGAUUUCUUUGAUAAACUAGAAUCCAUAAUCUUAUGACACAACCGCAAUCUUCAGAUGCUAAUUGUGAUAUCCCACUUUGUUCAGAUGCUCAAAAUAUUACACUACGUUUCGAACCUAUUGAUUCAGUUGGUAAUCUGUUGACACCACUACCUGAUGAUCAGGAGAAAGGUGAUAUUCCAUCAUCCCAGCUUUUUGAACAGGAUACAAAGUCUGAGUUAAAGUCUAUUCCAGAAUCUUUUGUUGCAUCGCCGUUAUCUUCCCCACCUACUCUUGAACCUCAGUUGCCUAAGAAAUGUGCAAUAGAACGACUAUCAGAUUCUAAUAUUACACACUUGCCACCCACUACAACUUUUGGACCACCGUCGAAUCUGUCAUCAUCAGUUGACAGUCAAUUUCACUGUGCUACUACAAUCGACUGUUCAAAUUCUGCUACAAGUGUUACAGCUAUCACUUCUGUCCGACGUCCUCGUCAUAAACCUGCAGAACGACGGGAAUUAUUGGAGUUAGCCGUAAAUGAUGUCUUGGGUUCUCAUAUAUCCAUGAGACGUGCUGCACAAAAGUAUAACUUGGCAAAGUCAUCUCUUUGUGAUUACGUCCGUAAAAUGGAAUCAUUUUGCCAAAUUUACGUUUUAAGUCCUAUCAAACACUUUCAGACUCCACGAAUACUGAUUCAGCUGUAUCGGGUAGGAAAGCCAAUUUGUUGGCGAACUCACCUCGUCAUACUCCUGGAUCAUGUAAACGCAGCGGUUCUCCACUUGAGGAUAAUACUGGCGUAUCAUCCUUAAAUCCUUUGCCAGCAAAAGUGUCAUGCGGUAUUACCCGUAAAGUGAACAUUGGCCGCACACGAAAUAUGGAUAGUAAUAAUAAGCAGCACUCGAAAGUAACUGGAAGAUCUAUAAACCAGAUGGGAAACUUAUCCCAAGCUGUUGAUAAUGGUCGAAGUGUAUCUAUGGCUAAUACCUGUGACAUGAAUUGUAUUCGUUCGCUUAUAUCAUAUGAUCGUACUAGCCUUGACUCUUGUCCAACUGAAUUAUGCUUAUCAAGUGAACAUCAUGCAAAUAAUCAAAACAAUUUUUUUAAUAUAACAAAUAUGUCUAAAUGUUUCACAAACCCUAUGCCUUGUAAAGGAGGCGGUCGUAUUGAAAGUCCCUGGCAUAAUGCAGCAGGGCUACCUACCCAAGUUCCAAUGCGCUCAUGGACCACUACUAAUACAUUUAGUGGGUCUUUACAAAACAUUCAACAACAAGAGCAACAAGCAGUGAACAUGACAUGCACAUCAUCUUUCAUUACAUCAGGUGGUGGUGGUGGUGGUGGCAGUGGUGGAGUAUGCAGUAAUCAGUUACAUCCUAAUCUGGAUGAUUCUACUACUAAUAAUAAUAAUUGUAAUCUGAUAAAAUCGAAAUUCAAUAAUAUUUCCCAAUCAACAAAUAUAAAUUCUUCUUUUACAUUAGCAAAUAGCUACUUAAAAAUACAAACUGAUAAUUUGAAUGAAUUAAAAACUGAUCAUUCACAAAGUUCUAAUCACUUUUUAGCCGGUGAAACUAAUUCCUGUAGUGACAAUACUGAUAGUCGACAGAAUUCAUUGUUACCUAGUGAUUGUUCCUGUCCAGUGAAUCCAAAUGACAUGAUUGUUUUCACAAACUUUCCAGCUGAUUCUCCUACAUCCCAUUCAUCUACUGAAUUUGACCGUCGGACAUUUUUAAACGAGGAAUCUACCAGGUCCCUGGUCAGUAAUAAUAAUAAUAAUAAUAAUAAUAAUAAUAAUAAUAAUAAUAAUUCUGAUCGAAAUUUAAACGGACUUUCAGAUCCUGAACAAUUGAGAUCACUUGUAGACAAUACAAACGUCCAUCGUAAUACAAACGAAUCUUUGUCUAGUAGAAUUUCAUUCUCAUCACCUGCUAGUGUUGUUAGUUUGGAUUCAUCUGCUUCAAAUUUAGCACGAAAAUUCCUUGUCACUCCACUUAGCUUAUCUGCACCUAAUUGUCAGACUCUUUUAAGUGAAAGUUCCAAGCAUUCAAAACCUACCCGUUUGAACUCAGAUAAUACUGGUCGUACUGGCCUAUUGCCUGAACUAAGUGCUAGUACUGCAACUGAUCGCUUCACAUCAACUUCUGGUGCAGCAUCUGCCUUGUAUUCAUUUCUUGGUCUUGGCCCUAGUAGUCACGUUAAUUCACCUUGUUGUUCACCUACAGCUUCAGUGUUACAAUCCAAUUUAUUAUCUUCUAUUAGUCAGGCAGCUGUAGCUGCAUUAUUAUUACAACACUCACGAACUGCAGCAGCAGCAGCAGCAGCAGCCGCUUUUCCAUCUGUUUCUACCAAUUCAACUUCAUCAAAUCAUAUUAAUAACUCAAGCUCUCCUAUCAUCACUUCAUCACCACUCAGCUCUUCACAGUUUCUCAAUCCAAUCGACGUCAUACAAAGUUCUUUCGGCCAAUCGAAUCAAGCAGAUAAGUCGUAUACUCAAGUAACACAGUCAACUCCUUUAACAUAUACACCUUUCUCUACAAAUAAUCAGAACACCAAUUCGGAGUACUUAAAUUCAUUGAAUCUUUGUGAUCAACAGCUUAGUUUAUUGAAACACCUUCCAAGGUUUCUCACCGAAUCUGGAGUUGGAACAACUUCACCACCAAGUGAAGCAGAUAUCUUACCACAUCUAACUAAACAGUCUGCAGCUCAGUCUUUGCGCCAGCUGGCAAACGCUUUAUUUUGGGGUUCCCUUGGUUCAAAAACAAUAGAUUUAUUGUCAACAUUUGACCCAGAUAUAUUAUUGCAGCAGCAGCAGCAGCAACAACAACAACAACAACAACCACAAAAUACAAACUCACCAAACUGUUUAAACUAUCCUUUUGUUCAUAAUACCACAGUAAACUCAACUUCAAUAGGAGUAACAAAAAGUGGACCUGUUAGCUUCCCUACAUAUUUGUCAAAUAAUAACAAUAAUCUCAGAAAUCAAAUUAACUACAGUAAAGACUCUGAAUCAGUCAAGGUGUAUCAUUCAGCUUCAUCAUCGUCAACACCGUGCAAUCCCUCUAGUUUAUUGUUAAAUACUGGCAAUUCGAUAAAAAGUCAAUUACUUCCACUCUAUUCACCUUAUCCUAAUAUGUCACAUCAUGUACAAGGUCUUGUGAACUUUAUUAACAAGUCACCAACUCCAUUUCAUGUUAUUCAGACAGUUCGACAUCUAUUGACCAAUCAUGGUUUCCGUGAGCUACUUGAAGAUGAACCUUGGAGUCUACGACCUAUGGAUAAGGUUUUUGUCACAAAAAAUGAGUCAACUGUGAUUGCAGCAGCUGUUGGAGGUGAAUAUGAAAUAGGCAAUGGUUUCACUUUACUUGGAGCGCAUACUGAUAGUCCAUGCCUUCGCUUAAAACCAAAUUCUGAACGUUUAAAAGAAGGUUAUAUUCAACUCGGUGUUGAAACAUACGGUGGUGGACUUUGGUAUACGUGGUUUGAUCGGGAGUUAACAUUGGCUGGACGUGUAAUAAUUCGCAAUCCUGAGGGACACUUAGAACAACGUUUGGUGCAUAUUAGUGAUCCUAUUGCCUGCGUUCCUAGUUUAGCAAUUCAUCUUAACCAGGAAAUUAAAACUGUCGGAUUUCAUCCAAAUAAUGAACAGCAUUUAUCUCCAAUUCUAUGCACAAGUUUAAUGGAACAGCUUCAUAAUCCAAAUUUUCAAGGUUCGACAAAUACUUCAGACUGUGUAAACAAUUCAACAAAUACAUGUUCAAAUAUGUGUCUUGUUUCAUUAUCACAUAAAAGUCAUCAUCCUACAGCUUUACUACGUUUAUUGAGUAAUGAAAUUGGUGUUAAUGAACAGGAUAUAAUAGAAUUAGAGCUGUAUUUCGCAGAUGCUCAACCUGCUCGAGUUGGUGGCCUUCACAAGGAGUUUAUUCAUGCACCACGUCUAGAUAAUUUGUUUAAUUCUUAUGCUGGGCUUCAUGGAUUUAUUGAAUCAUUGCCAAAUUUAUCUUCUGAGUGUAAUGUACGUUUAUUGUGCUUAUAUGAUCAUGAAGAAGUUGGCUCAACAUCAACACAAGGUGCAAAUUCAGCCUAUACUUUGUCAGUUAUUCAUCGUCUCACUAAGUCUUUAGAAUCUGUCAACCAACCUAUUGGAUCUGUAUCAAAUAGCAAUACAUCAUGUAUCAGAUGUAAUAUUGACUUGCACUUUGAACGAUCGUUGGCUAAAUCAUUCCUGGUAUCUGCUGAUCAAACGCAUGCUGUUCAUCCAUCGUGGAGUGAACGUCAUGAAUGCAAUCACAGACCUCAAUUUCACAGUGGUAUCGUCCUAAAAUAUAAUGUAUCACAGCGUUAUGCUACAAAUGGUCUUACGGCAGCAGUUGUCCGUGAAAUCGCUCGUCUGGCUGGUGUUCCAGUUCAGGAAUUUGCUGCACGACAAGAUAUGCAUUGUGGUUCUACCAUCGGACCUUUAUUAUCAUCACAAUUAGGUGUACCCACAGUGGAUUUAGGCUUUCCUCAAUUAGCUAUGCAUUCAUGUCGAGAAUUAUGUUGUUCUACUAGUAUUGUACACGCUGUACGCUUUUAUUCAUCCUAUUAUGAACAUUUAUCGAAAAUAUGGUGUAAUCAACAACAUUGUCAAAUAAACAAACAACAGAAUCCACCUUAUCAAAUUCAUAUGGAUGAUCAUACAUGAAACAGAGAAUGAUGAAAAAAUUACAGAAGAAAAUUAAAUAUAUUUGACAGUAUACUUUUAUUGUUUCAAUUAUAGAGUAGUAUUGUGAAACCCUUUUAAUUUUUCCUACAAUCUUUCAUUUUGUAACUUUAGGUGUCUGUCCUUAAAAUAUUAUAUUUAUAUCAGAAAAGGGAUUUAUAUCUUUUAUGUGCUUUGCCGAUUCACAACUCUAAACAAUCCCAUAUAUAUAAUUUCAAUUCGUUGAACCGUGAAAUAUUUUUCUAGGAUAUUUCUUUAUUUUUUGCCCUUUUAUCAGUUUAUUUUGUCUUUAAUUUUUCAUCAAUCUUAGUGGUUAUCAGGUUUUCUUGCCUCUCUUCAUAUAAUCCUGAUAAAUAGGUGAAAUGUAUUACUUUUAAAUCAUCUGCCAAAGUCUUUCGGAAUGUAUGGCGAGCAGUUAAAAAAAAAAACUAAUAUUAUUGUUAUUACUACCGAAACUAUGGUUUUUAUAAAAUAUAUUUGUACAUGUGACAUAAAAUUAGACCAUAUUAUUGUUGUUACUUGCCUUGUUCGAUUUACUUUCUCUAAGUGAAUAUAUUGUUCACUUCAUUUCUUUUGAUGGGUUCAAAAUACUUACAUACUUGUUGAAUAAAAGCAUGACAUGUGAAGGUUAUCUGCAUUAGUUUCUCACCAAUGAAUUUCAGUCCUACUUCUCCGCUUCAAAAAUUCCAAGACAUCUGUUAUAAAUCACUGCAGACGUUAAUUUCUUGAUAAGUGUUUCCUUCUUGUAUUUUAGUACUCAAUUGUGUUAUUUUGUGUAGAUGGACGACAGUCUACCUUCGUUCGAUAUUCUCAUUGGUACGCUCGUUAUUGCUGUAACUAUUUUCGGUGUAUAACGACAAACUUUCAGUAUAUAUAUAUAUAUAUAU